AUGAAGUUCACGACCGUACUAUGUGCCUUGCCGCUCGCUUUGGCGACACCGGCUCCUCUUUUCCUGAGACAGAUAUCGCAGAACCCUGUCGACGUCAAAAACCUGGAUGAUUUCGACAAAAAAUGCGGGAAAAUCAAUGUUAAAUACAACGACAUCGUCACUGCUGUUCGUACCGGCGUCAAUGCCAGGCGUGCGGGAGAGACCUUGGGUCCACAAUCAUACCCUCAUCCGUACAGAAACCACGAAGACUUCGAUUUCAAGAACGGGGACUGCAAGGCAGAUCCCAAUGGCUUUCGGGUCGAGUUUCCGGUGGCGAAAAACGACGCCUACGACGGCACAAACGACCAGUCGGGCAAGAUUCGCGCCAUCUAUCUCUACGACCCGAACCAAAACGUCCCCAGUGGCUCGAAACCUGUUGCUGAGUACUGUGGCUUGAUCUACCAUGUCAAGGAUGGGUUUGCUGGCUGCGAUGUUCGCAAAUCCUAG